UUUGUUCAACGUUCAAGGUAGGUCAUCGAGUAGUUACAAAACUGUAUAUAAAUCCUUCUUGCUCUUGGCUCUGGCAGAUUUCGACUGAUAUCGAAGUUGCUGACAACUGCCGCAAAAUGUUCAAACUUUUGGUACUUUUCGCUCUUCUUGCUUUUGCUUUCGCUGCUCCUAAAGCUGCACCACAAUACUUCUACUCCGGACUUUAUGGUGGAUAUACCGGUUUAGGCUAUGGCUACGGAUAUUCCGCUCUCCCUUAUGCCUAUGGAGGAUAUGGAUAUUACUAAUGAACUUUUUUUUUAUGAUUUUUUUCUACUAAUAAAAUGUGACAAAAAUCAUAA